AUGCUUUUUCUAUUUCUGUUUUUCACCCAUUGUUGCUGUAUUAAAAAGUAUGAUCCUGAAAAUUCUAUUCGUAAAAUCUUAAAUGCGGUUGAGAAGUUAGAAGCCCUUUCUUUUACAAAUUCGAGUAUUUAUUCAAACCAAAACGAAGUGGACAAAAAACACGAGGAAUUUAAGCAGCGGAGCAGUAAUGCAAUAUCUAUUAGAAUUCAGAUAGAGAAUUACAGCAGUAAAUUGCUUGGUGAUCCUCUUGUAUCCCUAGCCUGUAAUCUAGGCUACCAGAUUGGUGGAAUACAUGAUGUAACUGCAAUAUCUCCACUCACCAAGAAUGUUUUUAUCUACAAUAAUGACCAUGGCGGAAAAUAUUUUGGUUACAGAACUUGCGGAGCUUUGUCUUUUCAGAUAAAGCAAGCUUCUGAUGACUCUAAAUAUUUAAUUUCAAAAGUUGGAAAAACCGAGAAGGGGUUAAGAUUAUUUAUUCCUUGGUAUAUUCCGUAUGAGUGUAACACCUAUAUAAACAAGUUUCAAGUAUACUAUGAACCAGCUGAGAUUGAUGAAAAUGGGAACUGGAAGUAUCCACUACAAAACCUUCAAGCAUAUUGGAAAAUGACAAAACUAGAGGACGAAGUUCUAGGAAAGCAAAUGGCGGGAGAAAAAGAAAAUCUUUAUUUUUAUAAUUAUAAGGCAGAGGGUAGUAAUCCACGAGAAGACAAGGGGUUCCAUGUUGUAGGAAUUAUAAAUAGGAAGGGUUGUCAUUCUUUCCUUAGAGUUAUUAUCUACGAAGAUGGCGUAGAAGAGUAUAUCCAGAGGUUCAGUCCUAAAAUAUUACCAGAACCUUUAGUUAGAAGAAGAUAUUCUAAUAUUUACAAAGAAAAUAGACAGGAUCAGACUACGGUUAUAGGAUACAUUCUUUUUGCCUUCGCUGGAAUAAUGUUAGCUGUAGGCCUCAUCAAAUACUGUUUAAAGAAACUUUGAAGAAAGUGAGAGUUAGACGUGUCAGUACUGUUAAAAAUUUUAUAAACUUUAGCUAUAAUAAAGGUUUCAUUUUGGAA